CUUGCCAGUAGAUGAUCUGGAAAACUCAUACACUGUCACCAUCACACACAACCCCACACUGCAGAAGACAGACCUACAUUUCCACAAUCCCUCAGACCCAUGCAUCAGUCCCAACUCCAAGCAGGCCCCAGGAUCAGCCCACAAAGACAGAGGUGUUGAGCAGCACACAGCCCAGAGGCCCAGAGAACAGGGACUGGAUACUACAUUCACAAAGCAGUUUUGAGGAUCCAGAAUUAAGUCCCAUCUGCAACAUACUCUCCAGCACUAUAACAGAUGGAAGAGACAAGUCCAUCUGCACCACAGAAGGGAUUCCUACUCUUCUCUGGGAUUCGUAUGACCUGCAUGACCAGAAUCAGGAUGGUGUUGAUGGUGUGAUUGAUAUCUCCCAAAAGGACUGGGAUGAGAAGGAGCAGGAGGGUUUGAGGGAGGUGGAGAAGAUCCUGGGCCGGGCUGAUGAAAUACUGGAGGAAGAGGAAAAUGUUCUGGCUCAGGAGGCUGUGCUGGAGGCCCUGCUGAGGUCAGACCACAGGCACAGUCAUUGGCCAGUGUGGGACAGUGAGGAGCAGCUUGGUAUGAUGUCAUCCAGUGAGUUGGCUGAAGCUGGUGUUCUUGGCCUUGAAGAUGAAGAUGACUUGGACCCUGUAGAAAAUGACAACCUCAGUGAGCCCAGAUCAACUGGAUCUGCAAGUGAAACUAAGGCUUCUGAGGAUGAUGGGCAGUGCACCGACACUACAACAGAAGCGGGUACAGCAGCAAUUCUUAGCAGGCCGGAUCUGCUGACAGAGCUCAGGGCAGUUCACUUUCUGGAUGCGUUGAUCAUGGAGGAGAACCUGAAGAUCCAUGAGCUCCGACACUGUGAAGAAAACUCCAACAAUGAACUUGAGGGGAGCAAACCUUUAGAUACAAACAGGUCAUCAAGUGUGAACAAAGAGAGGGAGGCUUUCCGGUUACAACUGGAAAAGGAGAAAAGGGAGGUGGAGAAGCUUGAGAAGAGUUUGGACAAAGACUGUAAAGUAGAGAAGCACAAGGACAGAGGUAGAAAGGUUGUAAAAUGUUCUAUAAUGGACAAGGCUAAAAUUGAGAGUGAAGAGGAUCAAGCACUCUGUGAUGAGCUUUUAUCAGAGCACGAUAACCGAUCACAGAGGACACGUUCCACAUCUUUGGACCAGAAUAAUGAUACAUGCAAUACUGAAAAUAUUCAAGAGGUGGUGGCUGGUGUUGCCGAAGAGGCUAUACCACACGACUGUGUGCCUGAGUGUCAAGAUCUCACUUGCUCUGAGCCUGAUCCAUCUGGAUGUAAUAGAACUACCUUAAAAACCUCUGGUUUGAAGCAACCUUCUGAAGAAUUGGGAAUCAAACAUCAGCAAUGUGCCUAUGGGAAACAAUUAGAUGGAUCUGGUGAAAAUGCUACAAUAUGCAAACCAGAAGCUUCUUUAACCCCUGAAAAGAGGCCGGAUGAUGGAGCGUUUGACCCAGGUGGAAAAUCACUCCAUCCUCUUGUGCCUAUGCCAAGAAAAGCUUCAUUUCCUGUCAACGACAACCUUGCAGAACACGAAAUUCUUCAUUCUACAGACCUGAUGAAUCCAGCUUUGUCUUCAGUAACUCAAGAUCCUGGUUUUGCGCAACUUCAUCCACAAGAUAAAUCACUUGAAUCACUGCCAGAGAAUGUGACUCCAGCCAUCAGUCACAACUUUUUCAAUCCAAAUGCAAAGGAACACAGCAACAACAAUAACAAUAACCACUCUGAUAGAUACAGGCUAUCAUUAGACCACUUGUCUGAAAUAACCACUGAAAAUGAAGAGGAUGCAUCAGUGGUACCUGCAUCUUUACACCCAACAAGUUUAUCUCCUACAGAUGAGUGCCCACAUCAACAGUCAGCAGCACAGUUACCUCCUGAUCAGCCUCUGGAGUUUGAGCCUACUGGUAGACGUGAGCUGAAUGAAGACUUGCCUGAUGGUGUUCAGAGCUCGGAGGCCUUAAGGAUAUCAGGCUCUAGGUCUCCUGGAAUUCAGGCCCAGCUUAACAUCAACACGAGAGAGAUGAUGGAUUUCAAGACUCCCAUAGUACUGGAUACUGGGUCUGGUUUGAUGAAAGCAGGAUUUGCAGAUCAAGACCGUCCAAACAUUGUAUUUCCAACAAUAAUUGGGAUCCCAAAAUAUGAGGAAAUAAUGAAUGGUAACCUUGAUAGGGAGACCUACAUUGGACAUGAGGCUCAGCACAUGAGAGGAGUCCUGGCUUUGAAGCACCCUAUAAAGAAUGGGACCAUUCGUAACUGGGAUGAAAUGGAAAAGAUUUGGCAUCACACGUUCCAGCAGCUGUGUGUGGAUCCAGAGGAUCACCCUGUUCUGCUGACUGAGGCAGCCAUGAACCCCCUGGAGAACCGACAGCGCAUGGUGGAGAUCAUGUUUGAGUGUUUCAAUGUUCCCUUCACCUAUGUGGCCAUGCAGGCAGUGCUGGCACUUUAUGCAGCAGGCAGAUCCACUGGUGUGGUAUUUGACUCUGGAGAUGGAGUGAGCCACAGUGUGCCUGUAUUUGAGGGAUACUGUCUUCCUCAUGCAGUGCAGCGCUUCCCUUUGGCUGGAGCCGAUGUCACAAUGCAGCUUAAAAAGCUUCUGCAGGAACAGGGGGUGAGCAUGCGCACCACAGCUGAGAUGGAGAUAGUGAGGGAGAUGAAGGAGAAGUGCUGCUGUGUGGCUCUAAACUAUGAAGCUGAGCUGGCUCAGGGGGGUGCUUCUUGCAGGGAGAUGCAUUACACCAUGCCAGACGGACAGAUUGUCACACUCUGCACGGAGCGGUUCAGGGCCCCUGAGAUUGUAUUUAAACCCGAGCUGAUUGGACAGGACCAUUACGGGUUGCACGAGAGCAUCUUCAAGUCAAUCCUCAGCUCAGACAUUGACCUGCGGCGCAGCUUCCUGGGAAACAUUGUACUGUCAGGUGGGAAUACUCUGUUUCCCGGCCUGCCUGAGCGGCUCCAGGCUGAAAUCAAAGGCCUGGUACCUGCUGACAUGGGGGAGAGUGUUCAUGUCACCAGCCCCAAAGACAGAGACUUCUCAGUGUGGAGUGGGGGGGCAGUGCUGGCCAAUCUGCCCACCUUCAGCUCUGCAUGGAUUGGGCAGGACGAAUAUGAGGAGUACGGCCCACAAAUUGUCUUUAGGAAGUGCUUCUGAGACUGACUCUGCAAGCCUGACUCCUUUGUAAUGUAUCACAUAAAUUGUCACCAAGUGCAAUAUAGACAAAGCUCUAAUGCAGUGCCAUGCCUUGGUCUGAGCCAUUAUAACAUUAAAUAUUUGUCUAAUGUA